CAAAGGGUUUCAACUUUCAAACUUUUGAAAUCAACAAUCAAACAAGAUGAGCAACAGUUCACUAACAUCAUCACCGGCGAGAUCAUCGAUAUCUACGACGGCGAUUGUCGGAGCCAGCGGAAUCUCUUCAUCCGAUGAGGUCUACUUCUCAGCCGAUCUCACCACUUUUCAAGAACGUAAAGAAGAGGCUCUUAGAGCCUUGAAAGAGGAUUUGAUGGCAACAUUGAACAAGGAAGUUAGGAUGUUGGAUGAAGACAGUUGGAUGUUUGAAGGGCCUCGUUCUCGAAUCCACCUUAUAACUCGACCAGGCGGUCUUCUAAGCAAACAUGCGGAAACGAUGAAGCUUACCCAGAAAAGGAAUCAAAAUGCUUCAAUCAAGUAGAAAAUUUUGGUAUUUUAUGCAUGCCAUAUUUGUGAUCUAGCAUUCUUUGUAGUGACAUUAUGUAUUUCAAAAACAAUUAUUAUAAUUUAAGCAUUAUUUAGUAAA